UGUAAUUCUCCCACGCCAUACUGCCACUUUAGCUGAGCUCCGGACAAGUACUCUAUCUUCUCUCAGCUUUUGCUCGAAUUACCGUUGCGCCAUGGUUCAUAUAUUCUCCGUUUCUUUGCUCGCCAUGUUAGCAGGUCUUGCUUCCGCAAGUUCUCCUCCAACACAAGAAGUUAUGAAUCAGCCGGUGCAUACAACGGAGAGUUGGUCAUGGUCCGAUUGUGGCUCCCCAGCACACGUUGUUCAGUUGAAAUCAAUAAGUCUAUCUCCCGACCCACCCAAGCCGGGCCAAGACUUGACUGUCACAGUCGUGGGGACUGCUCAAGAACGAAUUGAGGAUGGAGCCUAUGCCGACGUUGUUGUAAAGCUUGGACUCAUCAAACUUCUCUCGAAGACUUUUGAUGUUUGUGAAGAAGCACGCAACGCAAAUGCAACUGUCCAGUGUCCAGUCGAAGGGGGUGAUUACACUGUAGUCGAAACGGUUGCAUUGCCAAAGGAGAUUCCUCAGGCCAAAUUCAACGUCGCCGUGAGAGGUUAUACUGUGGAGGAUGAGGAUUUGCUGUGCUUGGAUCUUCAAGUUAAUUUCAUGAAGAGCCCAUUCCCAAGGUUCGGGUGGUAGAUUGCAGUUACCUUCAUCUCACAACGAUAUCCUUUUGCCUGUACUACAAUAUGUUUAACCUGAACGUUUGAACUAUGUAUCAGUCUUGUUAUCAAUUUCUGCUUUUGAUAAGCUCCUAAA